AGGCAGUGGAGCCACCUUCGACAGCCAGGGGUAUGUUGACCUCUUUGGUUGUGGGACCGACUCUUCGUGAGAGGAUAGUCGCCGAGCAACCGAAUGAUCGUUUCUUUUGCCGGAUGAAGGAGUUGUCGAAAGCCGGUAGAGUUGGAGGAUUCGCAGUCGCAUCUGAUGGGGCCUUGGUCUUCGAGGGUAGAUUUUGUUUGAUUCGCGGGAAGUACUAUCCCUCGUAUUACCGAGCAAAGAUGGAGCGCCAGUUCCUGGCACUCAGACAGGGUACUCGUUCUGUUGACGAGUACGAGAGAGAGUUUACCCGACUCGGAGCCUUCGUACCCGAUCUUGUGAGUACGGAGGCGAAGAGAGCCCAUCGUUUUACUAACGGACUUCUCCCAGCAGUCCGUCAUAACAUUGUAGGUCACCUUGUUCAGACCUACGCCUGCACAGUCGCCAUUGCCCAGGAAGUAGAUGCCAGCAUCCGACGAGAAGCUAUUUCGACUUCAGCCCAGCCAGUUGCUCAGCCACCAGCCCAGCCCAACGUUGCCCAACCAUCAAAGAACCAGAAGAAGAGGAAGUUCAGAACCACUCUUGACGAACGGAGGACUCGCCACAGACAGAUACCAACCUACCCGACAUGUGGAAAACGCCACCGUAGAGAAUGCCUUGUGGGCCAGAACAUUUGUUUCUUUUGUCGCCAGCCAGGCCAUAUCAGCCCCAAUUGCCCAGAACGACUGCAACAACAACCACAACAACGACAGCCACUUCAGCAACCUCAACAGCAGCACCUCAGGCAACAGCCACCACGACCCCAGCAACAGCCACGCAGAAUACAGCAGGCCCGCGUCUUUGCAGUUGACCAGAGAGAGGCCGACCAGCACCCAGGUACCAUGUCUGGGAUGAUUAUUCUUAAUAAUGUGCCUGUUUAUGCCUUGUUUGACACCGGAGCGACCCAUUCUUUUAUAUCACGCCGAUGUCUCAAAGCUAUUGGGGUCCAUUCUCUUACCACUAUCAAUCCUCCCGAGGUGAGUUUAGCCUCGGGUCGAAAGAUAUUGACUGAUGCUAGAGCCACCGAUCUCAGCCUUUCCAUCGGCGGCCGUAUUUUGACUACUGAUGCUUAUGUUAUCGAGAUGAGGGACUUUGACCUCAUACUCGGUAUAGAUUGGCUAACACGUUCUCACGCAGAUAUCCAAUGUCACGAUCGGGAGAUUACUCUUUAUCUUCCGAGAGAUGAUCAGAUCACUUAUUUCGGCUCUAGGACUCGUACUUUGCCACAC